UUUUCCGUUAUACAGAAACUGACAGAAAAGUAACACCCCUUUCUCACAUAACUACGGUGGCAUACAGGAAAAAUCUACCACCUUCAGUGUGAAAGCGAGCUGGAAGAUAUAAGUCAUUUUCAGACGUGAAGACACUGCACUCAACCAAAGACAGAAAAGCUCCUUGAGGAUGGCGGCGUGGGACCUGUCAGUCAGUAUAGAUGACUUGGGCCCUGAAGCUCCACCCGUUAAAAUCAGCGUAACCUCUGACCUCCACAUAGGAGGGGUUAUCCUGAAAAUUGUACACAGAACACAGAUGCAGCAGAACUGGUCAGAUCAUGCGAUUUGGUGGGAGCAGAAGCAGCAGUGGGUCUUGCAGACAGGCUGGACACUUGACAAAUGUGGGAUUCAUGCAGAUGCGCGACUGCUCUUCACACGUCAACACAAGCCUCUGCGGCUGGGCCUUCCUAACGGAGUCACCUUGCGGUUCCCUGUCUGCUUCUCCAGCUCCAUGUUCCGAACUGUCAGAGGAAUCUGCAGGAUUUUGAACAUCCGCCACCCAGAGGAACUGUCUCUGCUAAAGCCAGUGGAGGAGAAAAAGAAAAAGAAAGAAAAAGAUUCUGUGGAGGAGGAAUACGAGCUUACAGGCGUACCACUAACAUCAGGAUCAGAUCCACAUCUGUAUAAUGGCAUGCCGGCUCAUUUCGCUGACUCCCCUAAAACUGAGGCUGUCUAUAAGAGUCUGUCUGUGUGCCAGCCGUCUCCUGCUCCAGAGACCAUCGCUAAACUCUACCGACCAGCCAGCAAGGUGGACAAAACACACAUCCACACCAGAUGGCUGGAUUCAUCACGUUCACUCAUGCAGCAGGGGAUACAGGAGAACGAUAAGCUUUGGCUCCGCUUCAAAUACUACACCUUUCAUGACAUGGACCCCAAGUACGAUCAGGUGCGCCUGACGCAGCUGUAUGAGCAGGCACGCUGGGCAAUUCUGCUGGAGGACACCGACUGCACUGAGGAAGAAAUGAUGCUGUUUGGAGCCCUGCAGUACCAUAUAGGGAAGAUGUCACUGUCUCAGGAUAUCAGCUCCACCCCCACCCAAGGCAUGGAUGACCUGGAUUCUGCCUUGAAAUCUCUUGAGGUCAAGAUAGUGGGAGAGAACAGCAGCACAAACCAGCUGGAUAACUUGACUCCACCAGAACUGCAUGACUACUUGAAAAUAUUUCGGCCCAAGAGACUAACUCUGAGGGAUUACAAACAAUACUGGUUCAAGUUUCAGGACACUUCUAUCUUCUAUUAUAAGAGUAAAGAGGAAAGCUAUGGGGAGCCCAUCCAGCAAAUGAAUCUGAAAGGCUGUGAAGUGGCUCCUGAUGUGAACAUAGCAGGACAGAAGUUCUGUAUCAAACUCCUCAUCCCAGUGCCAGAGGGCAUGACGGAGGUGUAUCUGCGAUGUGAGAAUGAGAAGCAGUACUCUGAGUGGAUGGCAGCCUGUAAGCUGGGGUCUAAAGGCCUGACCUUGCUGGACAGUUCUUAUCAGAGUGAGGUGAAAAACAUCCAGACCUUCUUGGCCAUGCAGCGCUCCAGUUCAUCUGUUUCACCUGCACAAACUGAUGACAGCAUUAACACACUGAGCCUUGUCUCACCUCGCUACACAAAAAAAUACAAGGCCAAACAGUUAACUCCACGGAUCCUGGAGGCUUAUCAGAAUGUGGCGCAGCUCUCCCUCACAGCAGCCAUUUUGAAGUUCCUCCAGAUCUGGCAAUCCCUGCCUGACUUUGGCAUUUCCUACUUUAUGGUCAGAUUUAAGGGUAGCCGUAAAGACGAGGUCUUGGGCAUUGCCAACAAUCGCCUGAUCCGUAUUGAUCUGGGAGUGGGGGAUGUAGUGAAGACCUGGCGUUACAACAACAUGAGGCAGUGGAACGUCAACUGGGACAUACGACAGGUGGCCAUAGAGUUUGAUGGCAACAUCAACGUAGCCUUCAGCUGUGUGAAUGCAGACUGUAAGAUAGUGCACGAGUACAUUGGUGGCUACAUCUUCAUGACCACGCGUGUGCGACAGAUCGGUGACGCUCUGAAUGAGGAGCUUUUCCACAAACUCACUGGGGGCCAUGAUGCUCUUUAAUCUGCAAUAAUGCCCAGCAGGACCUAUAGAUCAUUUUAUAGUUAACAGCUGUAUAAAAUUCCAAUGAUAUUAGGCAUAUCUGGCUACCAUGAAGAGCUACAGCUUGAUGUGGUGAAAAACCUCCCUGAAGAGCUGCAGUGUGUGUAUGUGUGUUUUUUAAAGAUCAUUACAAUUUCUGUCCGAUUUCUAACCACAUAGCAUUCCAUUUAAAUGGGCUUAGAGAAAUAUUCAUUCAUUUGUCCUAUCCACUGACUGACAGGUGUGUGAUAUAUAAAGACAUUUCUUUAUCACACUCUUUAUUCUGUUGAUCAUUUUUGCACCGUGUCUGAGCACGACUGUAGCACAAGUAUUUUAUUGUAUACGGAUGCUUAUACACAUGACAAUAAAUGUGAAACCUCAAA